AUGAUCGAGGUUCUUGCAAACGACCGGCUCGGCAAGAAAAUCAAGGUCAAGUGCCUCGCCUCCGACACGAUUGGCGACUUGAAGAAGAUCAUCUCCUUGCAGGUGGGCACGUCGUGGGAGAAGCUCGUGUUGAAGAAGGGCCACCAGACGUAUAAAGACCACAUCACUCUCGACGACUACGAGGUGCACAGUGGGUUCAACUUCGAGCUCUACUACGGGUAG